AUGGCGACCCCUGUCACGGAUCCGCCGAAGAUCAUCGGCCGCGAGCUUCACCUCGAUCGCCUCAUCGGCAGCGGUGGCUUCGGCGAAGUGUAUUUGGCUGUUCGCACUAAGCUGGCAACGAAUCCAAAGCACAACUUCACGUUCCCAGCGGAGUGCGUCGUCAAGGUGAUGCGACGUGGACUCUGCACCGAGGAAGAUGUUGCCGCUAUGAAUCGCGAGGUGGCGACGCUGAGCUCAAUGGACCAUCCGUACAUUGUCGCCUACAUCGGCGCUUGGGUGGAGGCGGCACGCGGCAAGUUCUUCGGCUGCUAUUGUCUGGCCAUGAAGUACUGCGAAGGUGGAGACUUGCACGGGUUCAUUGCGCAGUGUAUCAAGGCUCACCGCCUGCCCCCCGUUGACGUUGCGGUGCGCAUCAUGGCGCAAGUCUUUUCAGCUCUCAACUACAGCCACUCACGCCGACUUAUCCACCGCGACAUCAAGCCGGGUAAUGUGUUUCUGACGCUUCAGAAGAGCGGGAUGCCGGACAAGGCAAUGGUGGGCGACUAUGGUCUUGUGCGCUCACUCGAGGCGACGCGGCAGCUGGUCAAGACGCGCGUGGGGACGCCGACGUACAUUUCACCCGAGAUUGCCGCUGGCGAGGCGUACAGCACCAAGACGGACAUCUUUUCUGCAGGCACCAUGUUCUACGAGCUGCUGUCGCUGCAUCGUCCGUUCUGGAAGCGGAUGAUGACAGACCAGCAGCUGUUUCGCGAGGUCCUGCACCGCGAUCCGAUGCCGCAGUUUCGUGCGUACACCAGCUCCGUCUACGGCACUGCACUGGCCGACGUGAUUGAGGCGUGUCUUACGAAGCACGAGGCAAGCAGGGCGACUGCCUACGACGCUCUUGUCCGCCUGACCUCGCCGAUUACCGCGUACGUGCUCAAGUACGCCAUUCCGGUGUACCCGGAAAAGGACGCGUUGGCGACGUCUUCUCCGCCGCGCCCGCCUGCCGCGUCUUCCGCGCCCGACGGUCACGCAUCCGCAGCGGAUGCGGACGGGGACGCUGCCACGGCGCGUCAACGGCUAGAGCGUCUGUUCCUUGUCCGCAAAGGUACCGGAGUGGGUGCCAGACUCACGCGUCUGCUGUCGCACAAUGCCGAGCUUCUCUUCCAAGUACGCGUCCUGGUCGCCUGCCGCAGUGACAAUACUGACCAUCUCGAGAACGGCUUGGCAGAGCUGCUCUGGGCGUUUCCCGACGCAGAGGUGCCCUUUCAGGAGGUAAUCGAUUUGGUCAUGAGUGGCUACGGCCAACUCGCGGAGUAA